AUCAAUACAAAACACGGCGACGUAACUACUGGACGGUUGACGUAAACAGUUGGUCAGUGAAACUUCAGUUUUUCAGCAGGUUUUCAUCUACAUCCCUCUUCUAAAUCCCCCCUGAAGUAGUCUCAGGAUGUCAGCCGGCCCUCCGAACAGGAUUAGUUUCGGCAGCUCUCAGGAGAGGAAGGUGUUUCCUCUGUUUCACGCGCCGGACCGGCUGGGAAACCAAACUUUACGACAGCUAGCGCCGAAUGUUGGCCCCGGCUGCUAUGACAACCAUGAGUUUGACUCCAUCCUUUACAACAUAGAGAAGACACCAGGGAGUAAGAGAGGAUAUGUCCUCUCUGCAAGGACUGCAGUCCGCUUUCCAUCCUGCAGCAAGACGGUGACUCCUUCCCCUGAGAAGUACCAACCAGACCAAAGUCAGUCCAAACUCCCCCCUCUUGGUAAAACACCUUUCAACUCAUCCACACAGAGAUUCAUCAGCAUGCGGUGUGCAGCUGAGGAUAGUCCAGGCCCUGGGACCUACGCCCUGGAUACGGCAACAAACAGGAAAGUGAUGUGGCCCAUGUGCUUUGGGAGACCAGACUGGUCCGGACUGCCUCAGCUGGAGAAGAAGUCACUCAGGGUGAAGCUCAACACUGACAAAGAGUUCCAGAAGCACAGGAGCAGAGUGGCCUACCUGAGUUUGUAUUAUUAACUCUAAAGCUGCUGCUCCUGAGGGUUGUACUCUCAACAAAACAACAAACAUCAGUUUAAUAAACUGGACUGAAAGUGGAAUAACAAAAAGAAACGUAUAUUUCUUU